AUGGAAGAGCGACGAGUUGCUUCAUUCAGCAUCGACGUGUUCGCCGACAAGGCUAACGCCAAAGACGUCGUCACUGGCAUCCUCCAUACCAUUUUCUGGUAUCGCAUCUUUGCCAACUUGGAGCCCUCAACACAUGAUGUGCUUGAUGUCCCGAUACCCUGGAUCCAAGACGUUGACCUGCAAACACUUGUUGAACAGCGUGUCGAUCAGUUUGUCCGCCAAAUCGACGCCGACUCAAACGAUCAGAACCAGAACACUCGUGGCCAGAUUGUUGUACAGUUCAGUGAAAGAGAACGUAGACGCAAGAAGGGUUGGUUUGGACAAAAGGAUGAGGACUUGGUCUGGGAGACGUGGACGCUCAACAUCGCUCUCGCGUCCCCACGCACUCAUCAAGAAGCUACCACAUCCCGACGAGCUAUUGAGCGAUCCCUCAACAACGCUGUUUUGAAGAUCACCGACAUCGUCCAGCAAAACAAAGACCACGUACCACCAAUUACCACUCAAGACACAAACACCUUCCCCUACCACAUCCUUGUCAAUCCCAAGAACGAUGGUUGGGGCCAGCGCAUGGGCAUUUUCUAG